UUGACUUGUAGCAGCCAGUUCAUAAAACAAACAAAAAUCAAAGGCAAGCGUAUACUUGAAAUCUCAUGCUUGCUUAGAACGAAAGAAAAAAAAGACACGAACCAUCCUGCACAAGUAAUAAAGGAAAUCUUGAUAAUUUUGAGCUCACUGUUUUGCAACUGUGUGCUGCUUCGAUUACAGCUUAUCCAUGGACACAACUAGCACCCAAAUUGCUUCAGGGACCAUCCUCUUCCUUCUGUUGCUGUUCUUUUCUUAUCUUUCCAUAGCAGAUGUUAUUUAUAGUCCCGUUGAACUCUUCAGCAUCAACUGUGGAUCUUCCAGUAGCUUGUCCACUCGCGAUGGUCGCAAUUGGACUGCAGACAUCAAAUUCCUCUCAGAAAACAAGGACUCAGUUGCUGCUCCUGCACUCACACCAUCUACCCUGGAAGGUCCUUACACCGAUGCUCGUUUCUCUCACUCCCAAUUCACUUACUCUUUCCCUGUCUCCACAGGCCCUAAGUUUCUUCGCCUCUUCUUCUACUCAACUUCCUACCAAAACUUCCAUCGCUCCGAAGCCUAUUUCUCAGUCAAAGCAGGCCUAUACACCCUCCUUCAAAAUUUCAACGCUUCCCUCCAUGCUGAUGCUGGUAACGAGCCUGGCGACUACUUGUUCAGGGAGUAUUGCAUCAACCUCAAAGAUGGCGAUCGGCUCAACAUAACCUUCAUUCCAAGCAAAACAUCUCAGCAUCCAGAUUCGUACGCUUUCAUCAAUGGAAUAGAGAUUGUUUCAAUGCCCCCUUUUCUCUACUACACCAAUCCUGACGACGUCGGCAUCACUUGGUUGCCUCAACUCGUUGGCCUCAAUACGAACCCGUUCCCCAUUGAAAAAAACUUUGCUCUGGAGACAAAUUAUCGGUUAAGAGUUGGAGACCAACAAAUCCCGGCCUCACAGGACACGGGUAUGCUCAGGAGCUGGGAUGUGGAUAACAAAUAUGUAACGACUCAAAGUGUACAAUCUCUAGAUAUUGCCACUGGAAUUAAGCUGAGAUUCACAAAGAAGACUCCUAACUACACUGCACCAGACACAGUGUACCGAUCCGUAAGGAAUAUGGGAAGUAAUGGCACCAUCAACAUGGGGUUCAACCUCACAUGGCAACUUGCCGUUGAUUCAGGCUUCACCUACUUGCUAAGGUUACACUUUUGCCAGCUUGACCCGAAUAUUAGCCAUCCUGGUGACCAGAGCUUCUACAUCUACGUUCAGGAUCAGUUGGUUGAAGACUGGGCAGACAUUCUCGGUUGGAGCGAUAAACAGAAGGGUGUCCCAGUGGUUAGACAGUAUGCAGUUUUAAUCCCAGGGAAUGAGCAGGAAACGCUUAAUCUUUCACUGAAAAUGCAUCCUAACCCUAAAAGCUUGGCCAAGGACGCUCAAAUAAACGCAAUUGAGCUAUUCAAAAUCAACGACUCAACUGGUAGUCUUGCUGGGCCAAACCCAAACCCAGACCCAGACCGUCUUCCAGAAACCCCCAAGGUUCCCCUUCAAAGACCAAACAAUAAAAGCAGCGGCACCACAAGAACCCUUGCCGCCGCCGUGGCAGGUGCAGUUUCUGCUGCUGUUUUUCUCUCCUUUAUUGUCGCUUUCUUCCUCAUCAAACGCAAGAAGAAGAUGGGUUCCAAGAAAAAAGACGGAACUCCUCUGGGCGGUGGCUUAUCAUCACUACCAACCAGCCUCUGCCGCCACUUCUCAAUCGUGGAAAUCAGGGCCGCCACCAACAACUUCGACGAACACUUCGUAGUUGGCAUGGGAGGCUUCGGCAACGUGUACAAAGGCUACAUCGACGACGGUUCAACCCGAGUCGCAAUCAAAAGGCUCAAACCGGAUUCUCGGCAAGGUGCGCAGGAGUUCAUGAACGAGAUCGAAAUGCUGUCUCAACUUCGCCAUCUCCAUCUUGUCUCCCUCGUUGGUUACUGUUACGAGAGCAACGAAAUGAUACUGGUGUAUGAUUUCAUGGAUCGCGGAACCCUCCGUGAGCAUCUCUACGACACUGAUAACCCUUCCCUUUCAUGGAAACAAAGGCUCCAGAUAUGCAUAGGUGCUGCGCGAGGACUGCACUAUCUGCAUACAGGUGCAAAGCACACGAUCAUUCACCGUGACGUGAAGAGCACCAACAUCUUAUUGGAUGAGAAAUGGGUCGCCAAGGUUUCAGACUUCGGGUUAUCCCGAAUUGGGCCCAUUAGUUCUUCAAUGACCCAUGUGAGCACUCAGGUGAAAGGUAGCGUUGGAUAUUUAGAUCCGGAGUAUUACAAACGACAGCGUUUGACUGAGAAGUCUGAUGUGUAUUCCUUUGGGGUGGUGCUCUUGGAGGUAUUGUCUGGGAGGCAGCCUUUGCUCCGUUGGGAGGAGAAGCAACGAAUGUCACUUGUUAAUUGGGCAAAGCAUUGCUGUGAGAAGGGAACUCUAAGUGAGAUAGUGGAUGCAAAACUGAAGGGCCAGAUAGCGCCUCAGUGUAUGCAAAAAUAUGGUGAGGUUGCGCUGAGUUGUUUGCUUGAGGAUGGAACUCAGAGGCCUUCCAUGAACGACGUCGUUCGGAUGCUGGAGUUUGUUCUGCAUCUUCAGGAGGGUGCUGUUAAUGAAGUGAUGGAGAGUGAAGAUACCGAGGACAUAUUUAGCAGUAGCCAUAGUACUCUACAUUUUUCGGAUUAUAGUAAGAGCACUGCAUUGAGUAUGGCUACAAACGUUGGAGAUUUUAGCUAUGGAAGUAAGGACUCUGAGGAGAGGUUGAUCCCGGACCAUGUUUUCUCUGAGAUUAAGGAUCCAAAGGGACGAUGAAGUUAGAGCAGUCUACAAGUUCAGAUAUCCUGUUUGAUCUUUUAGGUUAAAAGUGUUUGGAUUGUUAGUAGCAUGUAAUUUUUUUAUUUUUUUUUUUGCUGCUUGUAUGUAAUUUGAUAUUUGAUGAAUGUGAAUGUGAUGAGUAAAAAUCUAGAAGUGCUAUAAUGUUGAAAAGUAGAAAAUAUUUAGAAAUUUGUAUUGAUUAGGAAGAUUGUAAAAAGACAAAAGUUAUUGUUCUCUAA